GUGGAACUAUGACGUCAGAUAUGACAAAUGAUGCUGUGAUAUCAAGCACGACAAAUGAAUCUGUCGCAACAACCAUAGCAAGUGAGACUGACAUAUCAAGCACGACAGAUGACUCUAUCGCAACAAGCGUGGCAGGUGGGACUAACACAUCAAGUAUGACAGAAUCUUCAGUGUCAUCAACAUCAGACAAGUCUGUCUUGCCGUGGUGGGAUCGAGUGAAGCACCACCUGACUAGCAUCGAUGAAGUGACAGGAGAGAUAAUGAGUGGAGCAGUGGACACCGAGCACGCCUACCACCUGGAUCAGGAGGCUACGGCUCUAGACGCUCUGGUGAAGGAAGGUAACGACGAUCACAGUCAAGUGCUACACCUCACUAACGAGGACCUGGACUUUAUUCACACUGUGAACGAUAACGUCAAGAACGUAACAAAGUACAUCGACGACCAGGUGACGAUAGCUAAGGCGGACGAGACGGAGUUGAUAGUGAGUCUUACAUGUCUGAGUGUGUUGUUCGUGGUGGUGCUGGUGUCCCUGGUGGUGUCCCUGGUCAGACCAGCCUCUCCCUCCUGUGGUCUUCCUAAGACUCGAUACCAGACCAAGAGUGGUGAGCAAGGCGAGUCAAUGGCCGAGCCUCAGGACUUCCCUAAUGCGUUAUAUGUGCAGCAUAGUCAGCUCUACUCAGACCCAUACAGAAACCAAACAACUGUGGUCUAGCUUAGACCCAUAAAGAGACCAAACAACUGUGGUCUAAGGCUAGCUGAGACCCAUACAGAGACCAAACCGUGGUAAGGAAACUCGCACCCAUACAGACCAAACAAAGUUGGUCCGGUAAACAAUGCCGUUAUCACUGAAACUCAUUAAUUCAUCGCUUGAAAAUAAAUCGCAUUUGUUUACGAAUACCAUUUGCUCUAAACCCGUAUGGGUAAUGCAGCUUAGAGAGCUAACACCCCAAACCUCGUGUAAUAAUGUCAUGUGUAACUACAGUCCUGAAUUAUUAUAAACUUGUGGUUACAGUGUAUUAUUAUUAUUAUUAUUAUUAUUAUUAUUAUUAUUUAUAUUAUUAUUAUUAUUAUUAAAUUUUUAUUUUAAUUAUUAUUAUUUAUGGAAAAAGCGGUAAAACCGUCAGAAUAAUAAUGCUAAAAUACCUGUAACCAAGAGACUAAAUUAUUAACAUCGUUAUUAAUAACGCUAUUAAUAUCGUUAUUAAUAACGCUAUUGAGAGUUGGGAAGAGCCAUGUCAGAGUGUCAGAAAGAUUAAUUAGGGUAAUAUAAAAAGUGAUGGAUGCCUUACUCCUAACAAAGGGGAUAUUAUAUUUAUUGUAUUCAGGUUCGAUCCGAGGAAUAAAGAACCCCUUACCAGCCCCAAGGAACCCCCAUCCCCCUUGAAUGGAACAUUUUGGAUUAAUGAGGUUUAAAGCCUAUCGGCUAAGGUCAGCCUUUUGUUGGCCAGGUAAUGCUUUAGUGUUACUUUUUUAUAGGCCUAAUUAGAGUCUUAGCAGCGCUCAUGAAAUUAUUAGUAAGUUUAUUGAGGUACAAGUACACAUAAAUACAGUUACACAAAUUAACAUAUAUAGUAACAUAUGUGUAAAUUACCCACCGGGAUAACUCAAAAAAGUUAGCCAAAGUGACUUAUUUCCACUGGGUUCCUUAACAUUGCCUCUAUCCAAUAAGGGAACUCAUCAUCAUCCAAAAGUAACCAAUCGGUUUCCUGUCACUGGGUUGGUAGCGCAUUCAGCACACACACUGAAGUCUAUGGUUCAGUCACCUGUAAGUGUGGAAACUAGGAUGUGUUUCCUUAAGGCACCUACUGUCCCUGUUCACCUAGCACUAUAAUGGGUACCUAGGUGUUAGUCGACUGGUGUGGGAUACAUCCUGAGACAAAAUUAGCCUAAUUUGACCAAAAUACUCUGCAUAACCAGGGCUUUCUAUAUAGUAGUAUGUCAUUGAUGUCAGCUAUGGUCUGUAUACGUACUUCUAGA